AUGCCUAUGCCAUUUCAAGACCCCAAAACAGAGGGUUUUUUGGAACGGCUUGCUGAUUGCUGUAGUCUAGGCACCCUAGCAGUGGACAAAAUUUUUGCUGAGGAUAGCAGAAUUCCUGUCCCUCAGUCAAUUGACAUUGAUGAUUUCAACCGACUAAUGGAUCAAUUCCGAGAAAGACUCGUCUACAAGCAAAGAGAAAUUGGCAAGUGGAACCAAUUUCAGCACAUAGUAAACAGUAUUUUGAAAAUAGAAAAACAGGAAGUUUUGGCUUCGUAUUUAUCAAAAAUGCUUCAAGCGUUGAACUUAACAGACACUCAAGAACAUAACAGUGAUUUGAUAUUGGAUGACACUUCCCCUUAUAGAUUUCAUAAAACGUCGUUCAGUGAUAGAGACAAGAGCUUAAUUGAUGAAAGCACAGAGAUGAAAGAGCCUAAUGCCCAGUAUACUAAUAAACCAAACAAACGAGUCAAUACGAAGACGAUACAACCGUUGGCGGCAGUAAUUCAACAGUACUGUACGGGCAGAGUCUUAGAAGAAUUCCAGUUGAUACAAUAUCUCCAGUUCACUUUGCUUGGUAAUACCUCCGAAAUGUUUCCUUUAAUCGAGGAUGGAAUACAACUGCCGUCAGAACUGAACCAUGGAAUGGCUCGGAUACUUCAUAAGAUAGUUGAACCAGCUCUACUUUACCGGUAUCUGAGUAAAUUAGUACACGAUAAUGAACUUCAUUCUCACCACAUUUCGCAGGCGAAAGUGGCUUUUUUGAGCCAGGUAUCAAGGGAAUUAAAAAAAUACACUAAGAUCAUAAACAACCUUUUCUUGAAGAUUGAUGAAUUGACACUUGCCACAAUCUACUUCGAGUUAAAGGAUGAAACGAUCCGUUUAAGGACAUUUUACAACUUUACAAGAUUCUUGAAUUUAGAGACUCACGCGUUCUUAUCCCAGUUGCAAGAAUUUACGAAGUUUGGGGACAUUCUGAUUUCGGAUCUAGCCUCCGAAGUUUUCAGGAUAUCUGCCGCACCUUACUAUCAGCUAAUAAGAGAUUGGCUGGCGCAAGAAGAAUUCAAUAUUAGUAAAUAUCAAGCGGAAGGUCUCUUUGUUUUGACUCGGCCUGAUCCAUGGAAUGAAGACAAGCUUGACUUAGUACUGGAUAAAGAAAAAUUGCCAGCUUUUAUUGAUCCCGAUCUUUGUGAGAAAAUAUUUCAAAUUGGCAAAAUGAUUAUAUUUCUCAAACGGGACGUUAGGGAUUUACAGUGGGUCAAUCAGUAUACUAACAAGCUUCAUUCCUUAUUCUCAGGGGAGAUAAAUACUACUGAUUUCAAAUCGUUCAUAAACUAUCAGUACCAGCAAGUUUCUGAGCACCUUUCGCAUGUUGUUUACAAUGAAUUGAAAUUUCAGCGGUAUCUACAAAUUCUGCAUGGAUUUUUAUUGGCAGGAAAUGGAGAGUUCAUCGAGUCACUAAUGUCAUGUGGUAAGAUUAUGCUAGAUAGAAAUGUGGCCUCGAUCACUUCAAGGGAUUUAGCUGAACUAUUACAGAAAUGUAUUUCUUUGUCGGAAAUUGAAGAAGAAUACAUCCAGGGUUUAGAUGCACGAUUGUUGGAUCUUGAUCAAAGACGUGGAUGGGAAUCGUUUACUUUAGAUUACGUUAUUGAUGGUCCACUGUCAACAAUUCUAGGAGAUUUAAAAGAAUACCUACGAAUGUUUAAUUUUCUUUGGCGUUUGCAUGCUUUAAACUUUGAGCUGCGGGAAGGCUGGAAAGCAAUGUCAUUUUUAAAGAAAGGACUUUUGCAUAGCUUCUAUAAGGAUCUACAGCAGCUAAAAGUGCUAAGAAGAGAAGACAAAUCUUUUCCUUUGUCUCUUCAUGAUCGGAAACUACUAAUGGUAGACCGGCUGCUCCGUAAAGUGAACGUCAUUCGUAAUAUUUUCAUCAAGUUCAGUGAUAAAGUCAUAUCGUUCUUCAAACUUCUAAUAAUUGAUACCAAUUACCAAAAACUUCAACGAUUGUUUGACGGAAAAAGAGACGAGCAUAACGAAACUUCUUGGAGUGGUGUCUUACUACCAGAUGAUGAAUAUCUAGAGACCGCCAGUGUGUCUUUUUCUCCUGCUUCAACGUCGAACAAGUCCCAUGCCAUUUAUGAUUUGGACGAAUUCGUAGAACUGCACAGGAAUUAUAUUUCGUCUAUAUCGAGGCAUAAGUUUGUUAACACUAAAGGAGACUUCUCUAAGGGGAACAUAUCAGGACAUUACUUCAUCCAUCAACUUAAUAAUUUAACGGAGUUUGUGGCAAAAUUUGUCAUUGUUAACCAGGAAAUAUCUCACAAUAUUGUCGAACUACUGAAUACACAAGAUGAAGAAUACUAUAAAGUUUCACAGCAUAGACUUUCAACCCUAACUAACACUCUACAAACCGAAAUUAUUGAACCAUUUAGUCAAAAGCUACGAGUAUUAACAGAUGAUCUUAUCAGAGACGAUGACAUGGAACUGAGAUUCUUUGGGCUGGUCUUGGAAAGUUGA